AAAAACUAUAAAUAGACUAAUUAAGCUGCAAGAAAGGAGAAGAAAGAAAAGAAACCAAAAAAAGAAAGAAAAGAAAGAAAGAGUAUUGUAUUGUAGGGAGAGCUAAGUUGUCCAAUCCAAAGUUUUCCAUAAUAGCAAUUUCUUUGGGAUCAUUCAUCAUGUCUUCAGGAUCAGUUUAUUCUGGUUUUGAUAACCCAAGGCUGGUGGUGAAGAAGGUUUUGGCCAAACAACAAAAGGAAGGUGAAGGUGCUAAUGUUAGAAGAAGCAUUGGGAGGCCUGAAUUGAAGAACCUUGAUCCAUUCCUAAUGCUGGAUGAAUUUGAAGUUUCAUCACCUGCUGGGUUUCCUGACCAUCCACACAGAGGCUUUGAGACUGUCACAUAUAUGUUAGAGGGAGCUUUCACUCAUCAAGAUUUUUCUGGGCAUAAAGGUACAAUAGGAACCGGGGAUGUGCAGUGGAUGACAGCAGGAAGAGGUAUAGUUCACUCUGAAAUGCCUGCAGGAGAAGGUAUACAAAAGGGGUUGCAGCUAUGGAUAAAUCUUGCCUCCAAGGACAAAAUGAUUGAGCCGAAGUAUCAAGAACUGCUGAGUGGAGACAUUCCAAAAGCAGAAAGCAAUGGGGUUGAAGUGAAGGUGAUAGCAGGAGAGGCAAUGGGGGUGAAAUCCGCAGUAUACACAAGAACUCCCACAAUGUAUCUCGAUUUCACUUUAAAACCGGCAUCGGAAUAUCACCAAAGCAUCCCGCCAUCAUGGAACGCCUUCGUUUAUAUCAUCGAAGGAGAGGGCAGCUUCGGCAUCCCAAAUGCAAAACUAUCGCUUGCAUCAGCUCAUCACUGCUUGGUUUUGGGUCCCGGGGAGGGUCUGAGUGUGUGGAACAACUCCACUUCCAACCAGCCGCUCAGGUUUGUUCUGCUGGCUGGGCAGCCGCUCCACGAGCCAGUCGUUCAAUAUGGUCCUUUUGUGAUGAAUUCACAAGCUGAAAUUCAGCAGACUUUCCAUGACUACAGUCAUUACAAGAAUGGUUUUGAGAAGGCAAAGCAAUGGAGUUCUCGUUCUACCCGGGAGGCUACUAGAAAUUAAGGGACUACUUACUAAUAAGGAUCUUAUUAAUAAUAAUAGUAAUAAAUGUUUUUUUACAAAAAAAGCUCCACUCCAUCAUUUAUGCAAUUCUUAAUCAACAUCAAUUGUUUCAGAUCCCAAAACAAGAUUAGGAUUCGUCUCACCAUCUAUGGAGAUCUGUAAAUUUCAUACGUAUCUUUCGACAUAGAAUUUAAUUUUUUAUGAUGAUCAUUACUGUUUAUUUCUGAUCUUACCAUAUUUUAGGUAUGCCG